AUGGAACCCUACUAUAACUCAUCUUCAUCUACAACAUCAUCUUCAUCAUCUCUCCUUUCAUUCUCCAUACAAAAACGAAAAACCAACAUCAUCCCAAAUUACACCACUUCGUUACAUUCCGUCCGUAAAUCUCAGCCGCCGACAAAAAUUACGAAAAAACCAAUAGCUCCUUUGCCGCCAACUCCACCGCGAGUGUAUCUAAUCGAGCCGGUGAACUUCAAGGAACUCGUGCAGCAGUUGACGGCGGCGCCGGAGUUUCAGAAUUCAUCUCGGCUUCAGAAACUGGCACCACCUCCGGUUGUCGUAGCUGUGCCUGAUCAACAAAUGAAUAAUAUGAACCGGGUUCAGUUGCCGAGUCAUAGGAGUCCAUGUUCGGCGGUUGAGGCGUUUGAACCGUCGUCGUCGAUGAUGAAGUGUUCUCCGUCUGGUUGGUUUGCUAAUUUGUUGUCGCCGUCUUCAAAUGGGUGGUUCUCGUCUUUUCCGAUUUUGAGUCCGGGAACUAUUUCUGCAUUUGAAUUUAAUUAA